AUGUCGGCACUCCGCGCUGGCAUGGCUGCCCGGCCUGCUAUUCGAGCUGCUGCCCGAACCACCACAUGCCGCUCUUUCGCAACAUCUCACAACCUGCGCAUGGCUGCUGUCUCUGAGAAGUCCUUCUUUGCUGGCGAGCCCGAUGCUCCUAGUGUCAAGACAGCUAUCCCCGGCCCUCAAACCAAGAAACACAUGGAUGAGCUCACUAAAGUCUUCGAUACCCGCAGUGCAAACAUGCUCGUUGACUAUACAAAGAGCAAGGGCAACUAUAUCGCCGAUCCUGAUGGCAAUGUCCUCCUCGAUGUAUUUGCUCAGAUUGCUUCAAUUGCGGUUGGUUAUAACAACCCUACCCUUCUCAAGGCUGCUUCCAGCCCCGAAAUGGUCAACGCCAUUGUCAACCGACCUGCUCUUGGAGCUUUCCCUUCCCACGACUGGGCCGAACUUCUCAAGUCCAGCCUGCUUACUGUUGCCCCGAAGGGCCUGGACAACGUCUUCACUGCCAUGGCUGGGUCUGACGCCAACGAGACCGCCUACAAGGCUGCCUUUAUGUGGCGUCGACAGCAGGAGCGUGGCGGCCCUGAUGUCGAGUUCAGCUCCCAGGAGCUUGACAGUGCAAUGAACAACCAUGCUCCUGGUAGCCCCGACCUCUCUAUUCUUUCCUUCAAGACCGGCUUCCACGGCCGUCUCUUUGGAUCGCUCUCUACAACUCGUUCAAAGGCUAUUCACAAGAUUGACAUCCCUGCGUUCGACUGGCCUCAGGCUAGCUUCCCUCAGCUCAAGUACCCUCUUGAGGAAAAUGUGGAAGAGAACAAGAAGAUUGAGCAGGCCAGUAUCGAUGAGGUCGAGCACCUUAUCAAGAGCUGGCACCUUCCUCCCUGUGCCGUCGUUGUCGAGCCCGUCCAGAGUGAGGGUGGUGAUAACCAUGCUUCACCAGACUUCUUCCGCAAGCUUCGCACACUAACCAAGAAGCAUAACAUUCUCCUUAUCGUGGACGAGGUCCAGACAGGUAUCGGUGCUACCGGCAAGUUCUGGGCUCAUGAGCACUGGAACCUUGAGACCCCUCCUGAUAUUGUUACCUUUUCUAAGAAGGCUCAGGCUGCUGGUUUCUAUUAUGGCGACUCUGCCAUCCGCCCCAACAAGCCUUACCGUCAGUUCAACACAUGGAUGGGAGACCCUGCCCGUGCCAUCCUUUUCAAGGCUAUUGUUGAUGAAAUCAACAAGAACGACCUCGUCAACCACACCGCACGGGUCGGUGACAGCCUUUUCAAAGACCUCGAAGCUCUUAGCCACAAAUAUCCUGGCCAAAUCGAGAACCUUCGUGGCAAGGGUCAAGGUACAUUUAUUGCCUUUGACAGUCCUAAGCGCGACCAGUUCCUGGCCCAGGCCAAGACUCUGGGUGUGAACAUUGGUGGUAGUGGUGCCAGCGCUGUUCGUCUGCGACCUAUGCUCAUUUUCCAGCAAAAGCAUGCUGAUAUUCUCCUCGAUACCAUCGAGAAGAUUGUCAAGGAGUAA